AACCCUAAGCCGCCUCCGCUUAAAUAAAAACCUUUUACCCUCUCAUCUCUUCACUCGUUCAAUUUUCAACUACUCUCUUCUUCUUUCUUCUUCAAUCUUCUCCCAUCUGUAUUCUUAUCUUCUCCCUUGACCGUUCAUUUUCUUCUGCAAGAAAUCUUGCUUCGGUUCAAUUGUUCUUCCAGAUGGACGUUGCAGUUCUUCAUCCACAGGAUUUUCUCGCAAACAAACCACCGAACCACUACCAAGCCAUAGCCCCAAACUUUUCCAACAUGAAACUCCCUAACCCUAACCCUAAGUUCCAGCGGAGUUCCCGAAGCCGCAAGAAGCGGGCCGAUCCAGUCCCACGAGACGCCCGUGGCCCGGCCCAACCCGCCAGGCCUCAGAAACACCAGCCGCAGAAGCUCGUCAUGGGCCAGGUCAAAAUCCUCAAAAGAGGCGAGCUACUUUCUCAAACGACGCCGGAUCUACAACCGCCGACGGAAACCGUCGAGAAGGAGGUAACUACCGAGACGAAGAUCAUGGAGAAAAGCUUGACUUCACCUUCGACGGAGAAAGUGGAGGGCUUGUAUGCGGGUUACUCGUUGAUGGUAACGUCGCCGCCCCCAAACUCCGUUCCGUUACCGAUUUUUAUCACUAAGAAGUUCGCGGCCACGAACUGCGCCACGAGUGACUUACGGAAAAUUUUACGACUUGAUUUUCCUUAACCUGCUAUGAAUGAACGAAGAUUUGGAUGGAGGUUGUUGAUGAUCAGAGUGAUAUGGUGCUCGAUCUACUCUUAUUUUUUCAGCGGGUGGAUCGAGUUCGAAGAAUCUCUGAUUGUGUAGCACUUUCUUCAGGUUGCAUACAUGUUUAUAGUGUGAUUUGGUUUAACCUUGCUUCUCUUAGAACCUUUGCUUUGUUAUACUGAUUCCUAGGUGGUUUUAAUUUGGGGAGAGGCUUCUGUGUAUCUGUGUAAUGCUUUGUAGGUAUUUAGGAUAUAUUAGCAUCCCCUAUUUUGCUUUUUUUUUUCUUCAGUUGUUGUAGUUAAGUUUUAUGUUGGUGUCAUCGUGUCUGUUUAGCCUCAUUCAGUAUAUGGUUCUGCGUCAUUGUUUUAGUUAUGCUCUACUCUAAUCUUUUGUAUGAAAUAAUUUAAAAUUCAAUUAAGUCAAUAUUAAUUUAGGAUAUAGAA